AUGCUGAAAAGAAGUGAAAUGUUAAAUUCGACCUACCCCAAUCCCUCCCAGAUGAGCCUGUUGUUUGGAGACAUCUCGGAUAUAGGUUACCUGUACAGUGUGAUAACAAUACUGGGCUUCCUGGUGAUCGUCGUAUGUAAUUGUACGGUAAUGUCUACCAUCCUGCUCCACAAGAGCUUACAGGAGCCUAUGUAUAUAUUCAUAUGUGCCCUGUGUGCCAAUGGCCUGUAUGGCAGCAGCGCCUUCUUCCCGAAUUUGUUCAUAAACCUUAGCUUAAAGACUAAGACUAUCUCCUACACGGCCUGUAUGAUCCAAGUGUUUUGUUUGUACACCUACGUAUGUUGUGAGUUCACCAUGCUAGCCAUAAUGGCCUUUGACCGUUACGUCUGUAUCUGUAACCCCCUGAGAUACUCGAAUAUCAUGACCCUGGGAGCAGCAUAUAAGCUAAUGGCCACCGGCUGGGUAUGUGGCUUCACAUUGAUUACAGUCCUUGUUAUGUUAACUGUUCGGCUGCCUCUUUGUGACAAUGCCAUCCCCAAAAUUUAUUGUGAUAACUGGACGGUGGUGAGACUCUCCUGUGUGGACACCACAGUGAAUAACGCGUUUGGCCUUUUCAUCACGGUCAGCGUCGCCAUAGGGAUGCCGCUCCUCACUCUUAUAUCCUACAUUGAAAUUCUUAAGGUUUGUGCAAAAUCUAAGGAAGCCCGGGCUAAGGCCAUGCAGACCUGCACCCCUCAGAUUAUAUCCCUUCUGGUCUUCUUUGCUGACUGUAUGUUCGAGGUGAUGCUGUAUCGUUUUAUUCCCACAAUUGUGCCCUAUGGGGUAAGGAUAGUCAUGUCCACCCAGCUCUUGGUGGUGCCACCGAUUGUCAAUCCUAUACUUUAUGGACUAAAAAUGAAUGCAAUAAAAGUGAAAAUACAGCAAAUUUUUCGCACAAAGAAACUUUUUGUUGCCAAGCUAAAAUUGAUCGAUCUUAUGUGA